UUAUUGAUUGGUGUCUUCUUGUCCAGAUAUCACACAAGAAGACGACGUAAUCAGCCAUGACGAUCUUGGAUGACAUUCCUCCGGCGAUCUCAGGCCACCCGGCCCACCCGGAGCACAAGCUGAAGCUGGUGACAACCGACGACCGGCAGUUCAAGUGCGACGGCUGCAUGGAGCCCGGCCGCGGCGCCGGCACCCGGUACAGGUGCGAGCACGAGCGGUGCAACUUCGACCUCCACACAUGCUGCGCCUGCGCGGUGCCCACCCUGAAGCACUACCUGUUCGGCGACGCCACGUUUGUGUUCCUUCUCCAGGCCCCGGACACCAGUACUGGCCGGGGCAGGGGCCAAGGCAGGGGCAGGGUCUGCGACGCCUGCGGCGAGCGCGCGUCCGGGUUCGUCUACCACUGCUUCGACGACGAUCUCGACCUGCACCCGUGCUGCGCGCACCUGCCGGAACGCUUCAUCCAGGACGGCCGCGUCUUCGAGCUCCACCGGAAGUCCUCGCGCCCGUGCGGCAUGUGCGGCGGCAAGAACCGGCGCCGCAGCGAGUUCUGGGCGUACCGCUCCUACUUCGAAGGCGAGGCCGUCGACCUACACGUGGCGUGCAUGAAGGAGAUGUUUCGCCUUGGCUGGGACGCCGAGUACCAGAAUCGCGUCGGUGGCGGCCAGAUCGUUCAGGCCAGCGCGCCCUCCGUGGACCGCAUGCUGCACAGCCUGCCCAGAAAGACCCGGAAGAGAAGCGGGUUCCAGGGGUUCUGCAAGAUCGUCGGCAACGUCGUGAGCAUCAUCAUCGCGGUGAUCUUUGGGAACCCGGUGGCCAUGAUGGCCGCCAUAGCAGGUCCAGGUGGUCUUCUCCGGGGUUAACGACCAUCGAGCUAGUUGAGCUAGGUUUAUCAAACAAAGAUGACAUCAAUGGACUCACCAUCGAUGUUCUCCCGUGCCAACAUAUUUCAUUUAUUUUGUUUAUUACAUACAUUUCGACAAAGCAAGGGUCAAAGGUGUACAUAACUCUUGAAUUGCUCGAGAUUUUUGUUUUAGUUUCUAAAGUGUGUUUGUGGGAGGGGUGCUUAAAAUUUUGAAAACGGUUGUUCGUUCAUGUGUACAGAUGUUUCAUUUGUGUUCUAGC